AUGAACUCUUACAACAACAACAACAGCAAAUUGACAUCUGCCAUCUACGGAGGCUAUGGAUGCAUUUAUUUCAUCACAUCCAUGCUCAUGAUCUUUUCACCCUUUCAUUCGGCUAAUAUUCUGUUUCAACAAACAUUUUUCGCCAAUGACAUGGAUAAUUACACAAGAAUUAUUUUUGAUUUAUUUAGAUUUUCGGGAAUGUUGAUGUGUUUUCUUGGAGUUUUACUAUUGUUGAUGAUGUUGAGAGUGACUGAUAAGAAGGCUUUGGAUGUUUUCAAUUUUUCACUUUGGUUAUUGUCCAUUUUUGGAGUUUUUAUUUCAUUCUAUUAUUUCAUUUUGAGCAAAGAGUAUCGUUGGAGGGAUUGGUCCUGUUUCACAAUUUUUGGCUUCUAUUGCAUCAAGUGUGCCUUACUGAGCUAUGUUUUAUUUGGAAGUAAUAAGAGAAGAGAUUUUGCAUCCUCAUUGCCAACUCAUUCUUAUGGCCACAGCAGUGGUGGAUUCUUUUCAUCUCCACCAUCAUCUUCCUCUCUGUGGAACACUGCAAGUUUUCAAUCGACCUACAAGGAUAUGAAUUCUAACAGUAAUGACUAUUCUGGUAGUUAUGGAUAUUCCCAGCAACCCUAUUCCAUGAAUACCAUGUAUGGAAGCGUAGGAGGAGGAGGAGGAGAUUUGAGACGAAGAAAUUAA